GAGCAAGCACUAGUAGAAGGAGAGACAUUGAGAUAUUACACUGAGGUUUCUCUGUACCAAGCAGCACCUGCCAAGUUACAUUGGAAGACAAUUCGGAUAAGCUGGACAGUAUGUGGACAACGACAUCUUUGAUUCUGGCCAGUGCGGUCCUGGCGGGAGCACAAUCGAAUGGUCUUGCUGCAUACCUAUCCUCAGUAUGCGCUCCAAGGAACUCAAGUGGCUAUCCUGACUUCAAUGCUCCGUGUAACGCAGUCUAUGCCAUCCAAGCCCAAUGCAUCUAUGGCGGGCCAGAUUUCCUCAACGACCUCUGGAAUCUGAACAUUAGUUCUCCCAGUGACGGAAACAGCAGACGGAACGCAGACCCACAAUCGCAAGACGGUGACGAGUCUAGUCUUGAUGAAAACAACUUGCCAUCUGGUCAGAGCGACGAGAACCAGCGAGUGUGUGUUUGCGAAUCGCAGUUCUGGGAUCAACUAGCUGGAUGCGUUGCAUGUUAUACCGCUCAUGCUCCGGACAGUGCCGUCGAGGCGGACAUACAGCCAUCCCAAUUGUCAAGCGCCAGCUCUUCGUACUGCGCGGCUAGUGCGACAGCUUCCGUGGGAUUGGCAGGUUACCUCUAUGAUGUCUUUGGAGGUCUUUUGGACUCUGGCUCUGGCUCUUCGGCCACGGAAACCUCGACUGUCAAUUUCAGAGACCCGAUUGGCAACAAGACUGAGGUCAGCUACUAUUACACAGCGGCUGUGACAGGUAGCGCAGCUUGGUUGGUCUCGCAACCAACUGGCGAGAGCUCUGCGUCUCAGACUUAUACGACUACCAACGUUCAGGACGGGCAGAUUCGCCCGACUGCUUCCGCGAACAAUGCCGAUGCCACGCAGACACCCAGCGGAAAUAGCACUGGAGGUGACUCUGACUCUUCCGCUUCCAGGUUCAACAUGGCGAGUGCUGGAAGUUUGGUCGGUCUCGUUGCAUUGGUGGCUUGGCUGUGAGCGUGGAUACGUUGAUGGUUGGCCGGUUGACGAGUUGAUGACAGCGCGGA